AAUUCACAUUGUCCUUUCUUACAGGGUGUGCCGAAAGCGAAAGCUGGCAUUGCUUGUAUCCAUAUUGUUUAGCUCCUGGCUGGUCCUAACAAUAUUGAAUGUGUCUAUGGCUGACCAUAGAACAGUCUGGAUUGGCCACUCCAAGCAGUAGGACGUUGUGUAGCGAGCUGCAAAAGUUUUCAAGCCUGCCUAAGACAUGGACGAUGAUACUGACAUCUUUGAUAUAGAUCCCAAGGAGGCCUGGCUGGAGCAGGUCACAAUUGGUGGACUACGACGUUGGCAUAUAAUAGCCUCAGUGCUGGGCAUACUAUUGAGUAUUAUGAUAAUGGUUUGUUGUUGCAUUCGGUUUCGCAUACCGCGCACCAAGCAGGAGAUUGAGGCGGAUUAUCAACGCAAACAGAUUACCAAAAAGUUUCGUGAGAAAUUACAACAAAUUAAAAAUUCUGAAAUGGAUGAUAUGGACUUGCAAAAAGUUUGUGUGCGUAUACAAAGCGACUAUCUCAAUCUUCAAGCUAGCGUGGAGAGCAUGAAUGAGAAGCAAAACGUUAAGUUUAAGAUAUAAAACUGUUAUACAAGUAUUUAGUACACAAUAAGCUGAAGUAUUAAAUUCAGUGUUAUACAUAUAAAUUCGAUAAUAUUUAAGUAAGCUUCCA